AGCUUGCGCAGUAAAGGCAGGGCUGGCAGGUUUAAACAGGGAGCUGCUGGGAGCGGACUGGGGAAUCGGCGCUGCCUGGACGGGGCUCCGCAGCACGGAGGCGAGACACGGCCGCUUCUAAUGCACCUGCAACAUCAACAUCAGCAUUCAGAGGUAUUGAAGUUCCUGCAAGAGGACUGAUAGAGAAGCCAAGUGCUGCAGAAGACUGGCCUGGACAUCCAGAGGAUCACUGCCUUCCCGUGUCUCUGGGCUGGUCCCUCCACUGGUCUCCUCUGCUGCAGGAUCACUGCCUUCCUGUGUCUCUGGGCUGGUCCCUCCCCUGGUCUCCUCUGCUGCAGGAUCACUGCAUCUCCAGUCACAGGAUCACUGCCUUCCUGUGUCUCUGCACUGCACUGGUCCCUCCCCUGGUCUCCCCUACUGCAGGAUCACUGCCUUCCUGUGUCUCUGGGUUGGUCCCUCCCCUGGUCUCCCCUACUGCAGGAUCACUGCAUCUCCAGUCACAGCUGGCUUUCUGAAGUGGAGGUGCCAUUGAUCUAAAGUGCUGCCUUGCUUGAGGAGGGAGGGGGGUAGGGACUUCGCUUCAGCCGGAGAGGGUGGGGUCUCAGCGAUUACAUCGGCGAUGGAGAGUAUAUUGCAGUGCGUGCUGCAUGUGAGCAUCACAGUCCUCCUUCUCCUGGGUCACAUGAUCACAGCAUUGGAAGUGCCUCUUGAUCCUAAACUUCUGGAAGGACUACCACAGCCUCCCACCAUAACUCAUCAGUCCCCGAAGGAUUACAUUGUCGACCCGCGGGAGAACAUUGUGGUGCACUGCGAAGCCAAAGGGAAGCCUCAUCCAAGCUUCUCGUGGACCAGGAAUGGGACGCACUUCGACAUUGACAAGGACCCCAAGGUGAUGAAGAAGGCCGGCGCGGGGACACUGGUCAUCGACAUCAGUGGCGAGAAGGCCGAGGCCUACGAGGGCGUCUACCAGUGCACAGCCAGGAAUGAGCACGGGGCUGCAGUGUCCAACAACAUUGUCAUCCGCCAGUCCAGGUCUCCCCUAUGGGCAAAGGAGAGAAUCGAGCCCAUCGUCGCGCAGGAAGGUGUCUCUCUGGUUCUGCAGUGCCGGCCGCCUGCUGGCCUUCCCCCUCCUAUCAUCUUCUGGAUGGACAACAAUUUCCUGAGACUUCCCCAGAACAGCCGUGUCUCCCAAGCCCUGAAUGGAGACCUGUAUUUCUCAAACGUCCGGGCAGAAGACACUCGCAGCGACUAUAUCUGCUAUGCACGUUUCCCGCACACACAGACCAUUCAGCAGAAGCAGCCAAUCACGGUCAGAGUACUCAAUGUGGAUGCAAUCAAUGAGACAAUGGCAGCUUUUUUGAAUGACACUGAUUUUUUUAGUGACAGUCCUUCGGGGGAGCGCCGACCUACAUUCCUGGUGCCCUCUGGAGCUUCCAGCUCGGCCAUGGUGCUCAGAGGGGAUGUUCUGCAGCUGGAGUGUAUUGCUGAAGGCCUGCCAACUCCAGAGAUCUCCUGGAGAAAGGAUAGUGGGGACCUGCCCAUGAACCGGACAACUUUACACAACUUCCAGAAGACCCUGAUGAUCUCAGAUGUGACGGAAGCAGACGCAGGCGACUACCGCUGCAUGGCCAGCAACUCACAGGGCGCCGUCUAUCACAUCAUCACCGUCACGGUGAAAGCUGCUCCGUACUGGAUAAGAACCCCUAAGAACCUGAUCCUGGCCCCCAAGGAGAAUGGUGUCCUUAGCUGUCUUCCCAGUGGCAAUCCCAAGCCCACCAUCAGCUGGUCCAUGAAUGGCAUCCCCAUUGAGAAUUCACCUAGAGACCCCAGCAGGAAAGUAGAAGAGGACAGUAUCAUCUUUAGUGAUGUUCAGCCUGGAUCAAGUGCUGUGUACCAGUGCAACACGUCCAAUGAGUUUGGCUAUUUGCUGGCCAAUGCCUUCGUCAAUGUACUGGCGGAGCCACCGCGGGUGCUGACACGGCCAAACAAAGUUUACCCGGUCAUCACCAACGGUCCCGCACUGCUGGACUGCGCCACCUUUGGAUCCCCUAUACCAAAGAUCACAUGGUUCAAGGAGGGCCAGAACAGCGUCCUGGAUGGGGAUGAUUACGAGCAGCACAAGAACGGGACCCUGGAGAUCCACACGGCGCAGAAGGCAGACAGUGGCAAAUACACCUGUGUGGCCAUGAACUCCCUCGGCAAGAAGGAGAACCACGUCUAUCUGGAGGUCAAAGAACCCACACGGAUCCUCAAGCAGCCCGAGUACAAGGUCGUCCAGAGGAACGGAAACGUGCUCUUUGAGUGCAAGGUGAAGCACGACCCCUCACUCAUUCCCACAAUGACGUGGCUGAAGAAUGACGGAGAGCUGCCAGAUGAUGAGAGGUUCGUGGUCGACAUGGACAGUCUGACCAUCUACAACGUGACUGAAGGUGAUGAAGGCACCUACACUUGCAUCAUGAACACAACGCUGGACCAGGACACCGCCAGCGCUAAGCUGACACUCAUGGAGGCUACGCCGACUCCUGCUAUCAUCUACGACCAACCAGACCCCCCAACAGACCUAGAGAUGACCGAACUUCAGGCAAGGAGUGUCCAGCUCACCUGGGUACCUGGCAGUGAUAACAACAGCCCCAUUCAGAGGUUCAUCAUCCAGUAUGAGGAUGUGCUUCACCAGCAAGGCGUCUGGCACAACCUGACCGAGGUGCCGGGCACGAAGACCACGGCCCACCUCGAGCUCUCCCCAUACGUCCUCUAUACCUUCAGGGUGCUGGCGGUCAACGAGGUGGGCUUCAGCCAGCCCAGUUACCCUUCCGCGCGGUACCAGACAGAACCGGCAGUUCCUGAAGAAAACCCUUCUGAAGUGGACGCUGCUGGAAAUGAACAUGACAACUUGGUUAUAUCAUGGAAGGCCUUGACAAGCUUGCAGUCCAAUGGCCCUGGACUGCAGUACAAGGUCAGCUGGAGACAGACGGACGGUGACAAGGAUUGGGAAUCAGUGUCGGUAGCCAACGUCUCCAAGUAUGUGGUGUCGGGGACACCCACCUACGUGAAGUACGAGGUGAAAGUGCAGGCCGUGAACGACUAUGGCAGUGCACCAGAGCCCAACGCCAUCCGUGGAUUCUCCGGAGAGGACUUGCCUAUGGCUCCUCCGGAGGCGGUGCAGGUCCUGGUGGAGAACAGCACACUGGCAGAAGUUCAGUGGGACCCCAUCAAUCCCCAGAUGGUCCGGGGGUGGCUGAAGGGCUACAAGGUCUAUUACUGGAAGGAAGAUCCACAGAUAGAGGAGCAGAAGGUUCUGACCUUUGGCAGGAACAAGACCCAGGGCAAGCUAGCAGGCCUGCAGCCUUACAGCCUGUACACCUUCAACGUGAGGGCCUUCAACGGGAAGGGCGAGGGCCCCCCCAGCCCCAACCAGCAGUUUAACACCCCCGAGGGAGUUCCCGGACCGCCGGCGUCUCUCCGGAUUACCAACCCCAGCCUGGACUCUCUGACCGUAGAGUGGGGGCCUCCCGUGGAGCUGAACGGGCAGCUGACUGGCUACACACUCAGAUACCAGCCAAUCAACAGCACGAAUGAGCUCGGCCCGCUGGAGGAGGUCAGUCUUCCGGCCAACAAGACCUCCUGCACACUGCACAGCCUCAAGUACAGCACCCGCUACAAGUUCUAUUUAAAUGCCAACACAGUGAAGGGGGCGGGGCCAGCGGUCACCGAGGAGACCGUCAUCAUCAUGGACGAAGAUCUAAUGCAUCACCCUGCAGUAGAUGUGGGCAAAGGACACACAGAGCUCCCUCAUCCAGUCUACCCUAUCACACAGUCUCUGCGCCCUCCAUUCCCCAAGGUGCGUCCGACCAGCCCGGGGUUCGGGAACGUUAGCUCGUCUGUGGGAGAGGAUGGAGCUGUACUCAGCUGGGAGUACUGGGGCCUUGACAAGAACCUUUUUGUUGAAUAUACUGUAGAGAACAGUAAAGAAGAAUGGACAAAGGAGUCUGUAAAUGGCUCCCAGACGUAUCUACUUAAAGGGUUAAAGCCUGGAACGUAUAAAGUGCGGGUUGUUGCUAAAGAUCACACGGGUGUGACGGUUCACAGUUCGCAAGAGCUUUCAAUAACCGUCCCAGUAAUACCAAGUCAACAAGUGGACAUCGCCACUCAGGGCUGGUUCAUUGGUCUGAUGUGCGCCAUCGCCCUGCUCAUCCUGGUCCUGCUCAUCGCCUGCUUCAUCAAACGCAACAAAGGGGGAAAGUACCCCGUGAAAGAGAAGGAGGACGCUCACGCAGAUCCCGAAAUCCAGCCCAUGAAAGACGAUGAUGGGACAUUUGGGGAGUACAGGUCUCUGGGAAGUGACACGGAGGACCACAAGCCACUGAAAGGAAGCCGCACCCCAUCCAAUGGGACGGUGAAGAAGGAUGACAGUGACGACAGCCUGGUGGACUACGGGGAGGGCGGAGAAGGCCAGUUCAACGAGGAUGGCUCCUUCAUCGGCCAGUACAGUGGCAAAAAGGAGAGGGACACGGCUGAAGGCAACGAGAGCUCCGAGGCACCCUCGCCUGUCAACGCCAUGAACUCCUUUGUGUAGCCCGAGCUUCCGGAAAGAAAAGGCCCACCCACAUUUCACAGGCUGUCCCCUGACACUGUGAUACUCCCCCACAUCCCAUGUGCAUCACGGUGAUUUUAUUUUUUUCUUUUUUUUGCAAUGACAGAGACGAGCGGCAAGAGGAAUCCUGAAAGAUGAAUGCAGCGAAAUAAAAAGGCAGACGGCCUGCUGCCCGCGCGGCAUCACUGUUCAUAGGUGCUUUGCGUCUUCAUGACCGAUCCGCCAAUCAGAAGAACAUCCACCUUUCAUCUGCUUCUAAUAUAGUGCAUGGAUAGUCGUCUACCACACAUUAUAACAUGGAGAAUAACUAGCGUACAACGUGGAAGCAGUGGUUUCAUUUUGACUUAACGGUGCACAUCUGAGUUACUGGGUAUGCCUUUCAUUUUAUUGUGAAAGUGUUAUAUUGGUAUUGUAUGGAAAAAAGGCUUCAAUGUCUGUGUGGACAUUGUUGUGACACAUGUGAUGUAUAAUGUAUAGCUAUUAUUAUAUGUCUUUUUUGCAAGACAGGAGCUGUUUGUAUAUAAUUGCAGAAAAAAAUAUAGAGAGACUGGAAAUUGGGGUGAUGUUUGUUCAUGCAUAGGGUUCUGAUCUCAGAAAAAAUUCCCUUUUUAAUGCAAACCUUUUGUCAUACUUCCUGGGUUUGGCCUUGUUAUGACAUGUUAGUUAUAAUUUCAAGCAUAAUAACACUUAAUCAUCUUGCUUCAUUUUUUCAACACUGAGAAUGCUUUCUUAUCGCCAUCUGCGCAAACGAACACGGGCUAAAAUGCAGCGCGUCAGAUCAUGAGGGCGCGGACACUUGGCAGCCUUCGUCCAGCACCCCCCAAACCCAUUCGACACUCAGGUUACAAUCUGCCUGAGCCGUCACCUGUUAAAACCUAGCACAGUGUGGGAUAUCACUUCAUAGUCUUCCUUUCAUUAAAAGCAUGCACGUACAUCCCUAAGCAUCUGCAGUGCGCAGCAGUCCUUGGUUCCACCGUCGAUUGUAUCUGCUUCGGCAUAUAGUGCCUUUUAGAGAACCGUGCCCAUUUCCCCUUCUGCUCAUUUUGUCCGAAGAACAGAGGAAUCCCAAUUGGAUACACAGACAGAGAUAGAAGGAUGUGUUUCAUACACGCAAAACUUGUGAAAGGUGACCAUGAUCAGAUUCAUAAUUCAUAUCUGUUUCAUAUUUUGUAACGUUACGAUCACAGCGUACCUCUUGCACUCCUGCCCCGUUCCAUCAGUGGAGGGCCUUGUUUUAAUCUCUCAAGCAUCCUAAAACGACUUCGGAUUUCACAGAACAAACUACCUGGGAAACUGAGUGCCAGGGAACAUAACCCUGCGAAGUUCCCGUAGCUACGAUUGUGUAUCGGAAGCUUGCGCCGUGUCCGGAGCCCAGGACUGGCUCACAUUUAUUUGGAUACAGGUCGCAAUCGUAGGAAACGAUCAAAUUUGGAGGGUGCGCAGGUCUGCAGGUGAGAUGAAAGAGAGAGAGAGAAUUGGAUUAGAUUUUUGUGGUUUUCAUUUUCUUUUUUUCAUAACUUGCAUCAAGUUUUAAGUUGAAGUUUAUGCUGUUAUGUGUAGAUAUUUUGUUCAAUUUGUAAAUAUGUCCUAAUUUACAAUAGACUCCUUAGGCCACACUGAUGUGACUGAUUUAUUACUCAAAGUGAGACAGUCGGUGGAUUGAGUUGUAUUGAAUAUUAUCCUCCUUACAUUUUAAUUUGCUGUGAUUUUUGUAUACAUUUUAACCCACAGGGAGGCCGCUCACAGGAUCAAGCUUAAGUUCAAAAUGAUUAGUUUUAACUUUAAGAUUGUGUUUUUAAGUUGGCUGCCAUUCUUUGCUUCUGAGAAUUCAUGAACCUUCACAGUUAAAUUGAUGAUACAUGUUAAUCAUGCGGUUCCUCCAAGAUUCCAAGAGAAAUUAGCUGACAGCACAACAGAAUGAAAGCUUUGGUAGGAAGUGUUUAUGUUACAGAUGACACUGUUUAAUGUAGAUGCAAACAAGCAUGACAGAACUGCCAAAUGGAUUACUCUAAAAUAUCGCUGCAAAGAUUUUGUAUUUUAAAUGAAAAUAAAUGUUGAUUUCAGGAUUUCACUAACAA